AUGGCAAAUGGCUUCCUCGCGGAGAGCAUUGGCUUCUUCCUCGUUUUGAAGACUAAGGGCUCCCAGAAUUAUUCCCGUGGCGGCAUUUCCUUUCGAAGCUCUUUGCAAAUCUUACGGCAGCAGCUGCGAUAUCACAGCUUUUAUUCAGAGGGUAGAUUGUCUGCAGCCAUUAUAAUGCCUACCUUGUUACUCCUGCAGAAGGAUGCAACCUUGAAGACUCCAGAGCAAUUGGAGCUUCGGCUGAAACAUUCAGGAAAGAGGAAAUGGGGUGAGGGAAACAAUUCUGAGCCUGAAGAUGAAGACGAGGGCUCAGAAAAGGAUCGCAGCCAGGGCUGUGGAGGGGAGAGAGCACUGAGGAAACGAAGCAAGAGACGGCACAAAGAGCCUUCUCUCCAAUCUUACCUGGAAACUGGAUAUAUAUGUGAUACAGAAAGUGACCCAGAGGAGCAGGCCUCCAUUGAUGACCUCGAACAGUCAUUCACUGUCUCAACCAGCAAAGCCUUGGGACCCAUUGGUGCAUUAAACGGCAGCUGUGAAACCAAACUCUCUGUGAUCCCUAAAGUCUCUGGCCUGGAACGGAGCCAGGAGCGUAACUAUGAGGCCGACCGGGACUGCCUGCUAGUGCCUUUCCUGACUAAGGAACCCCCUUCUCAGGCAGCUACUGCCCCUAUUCUGGCUCAGGCCUUGCCUCCAAAUCCUCCUGCCCCACCUCCUGUCAAGACUCUGGCUCAGACACCUAACACUGUUCGUGGGAUGCCCCAGCCUAAAGGCCAGCUGCCUCCAAUGCCUCAGGGUGGAGCAGUUACCCACAGCCUUGCCCAGAGCCAACUGCACAUGAAGGUGCCACCCUCUACCAGCCAGACGCAGGCACCAUACUCUGUAGGGCUUGACCUCAGCACUGGAGGGUGCAACCGCGGUGCAGCUCACCCCAAGCCCAUCCUCCCGCCCUGCUCCCCUUCUCAACUCCCUCACCAGCCCUCCACCCCCUUGCUGGCCCUGCCCCCCCACCUUUUUCCCUCUACCCAUCAGCCCCCUUCCCACCACCACCCAGGCAUGUUCACCCCCUCUCCUGGCCUCCCACCGCCACCCCCGUUGCUUCAAGUUGCUGGGCACCCAGCUGCAGCCGCUGCCAUAUCUGGUAAGAAA